AUGACCAACUUGGAUUCAUUAACAUUAGUAGCUUAUCAAAUUUCGUACUUUUCGCUGCAGCUGUUGCUGGUUAUAUUGCUGCUUAUAUUUGGGACCGUUGUCGCCUUCCCUGUUUUGUUGGCUAGAUAG